GCGACAUGCGCCCCCACAAUUAACUCCACCCCUCCCCGCUUUGCUUCAUUUAUCUCUCCACCUCUAAAUUUGGCGAACCUCCUCCAAAAUUUGACCCCGCCCCCCUCCACCUGGUUUAGCGCACCUCAUCCUUAGCCCCUCCCCCCCUCUCUCUCUAAUCUUUAUCCCUUCCUCUUUUUCUCUCUACAAAACAAAAUAAGCAUGGAGUGGCCACCAAACCAACCCAAAACCAGGUCCUUGAGAUCUCUCUUAUUUGGGCUAAAAUCCCCUCCAAAAGAACCACCAAACCCACCUCCAGAUUUAGCAGCAGAGGCUGGCCUCAAAGACCUGGCUCAGAACAGGGUCGUUCGAGCAGGGGCUAUGAAUUUCGACCUCAACAGGAGCCUUUCAUGGAUUCGAUGCUCUGUAAAUAGAGAGGUUAGAGAGAGGAGAGAGAAAGAUAAGAGAGAGAUGGAGUUGGGAGAGAAAGAUAGCAUGUUGGGUGGCUCCAUAUUGGGUUUUCCUCGUGGGAGGAGAGCGGAUGGAUCCAUGGAUGAAGGAAACGAGGAGGGUAGAGAGAGGAGAGAGAAAGAUAAGAGAGAGAAAGAACGCAUGCUGGGUAAUUCUCUCGGGAAGAGAGAGAAUGGGGCCAUCGAAUAUUGGAACGAUGGCGAGGUUGGACAGAGGAUAGAGAACGAAAACAGAGAGGUUCGGAGGAGGGAGAAAGAGAAGACAGAGAUAAACAGGAAAGAGAGAGACUCCAUCUCUUACAAUGCCAAUGCUCCGGCAGAUGAAGAGGAUGCCAUGGAUUGGAGGGGGAAAGAGAGGAGAGAGAAUGGCAUGGGGCAAUGCAGUUCUGGCGGAGGUCUCAGGCGGAGGAGGCGAGCACGAGAAGACCACCAUUUCCCUCCCCCAAUUCCCUCUCUUGCCCGCACAGGUAACCAGCCAUGCCAUACUCCAUGGGUCUUGAAACGCUUCUACAAAAACGACGGUCGCUUAGUAAUCCAAGAAAUCAAGGUCAAGCACCAUGAAUACUUUAAGGCCAAUCGAUCAGAUGGUAGGCUCACUCUCCGGCUCGUCCAGCUCGACCCCGACAAGCCCGGGCUCGAGCCCAGUCUCGACUCUGGUUUGAGCCCUCGCACUUCAUCUCCAUCACCAUCACCUGCCAUGGUUGAUGAUGAUGAGAUAGAGAGAGAAAGCGAUGAGAUAGAUAGAGAGGCAGAGUUGCUUCAGUUUGAAUCUAACUCGCCAAAAUCAGCCACGCCUUCUUCGCCAUUGCCGUCGUCGUUGUCGAAAGCCACGGCUUCGGUGUCAUCAUGUACAUUUUCUCUCUCUAAGUUGGAGGUUGAAUCCAGGGGUGGAGAAGGGGCGAAGGACGAGCAACCGGGUGUUGAUAUGAAUCAGAAUCACCAUGUAACGGCGUUACUGCCAUCGUCUACGUCAACACCAUCAUCAUCGUCGAUAACAUCAUCACCAUCGUCCUCAUCAUCAUCGUCGUUGAUAUCGGCAUUGUCGUCGUCGAUGACAUCUCCGUCGCCGGAAUUGCCAUUGACGGCUAUAGGAAGCAGCGGGGGAAGUUGUUUUGCUUCGAGGAGAUUGGAAUCACUCUUUUAUAUGCCCCCAUUCACCAUUAGGCCUGUUCAUAGUUGAGUUGCUAAUGUCUCUCUCAAACAUGCAUGGCAUCCUUCACUCGUGCAUGUUUAGUUUUUUACAGUUAAAGAGUUCUCGUGACUCUCUCUCAACUCUAUUCACAACUACUCUUAACUUUCUCUCAACUCUAUUCAAAACUAGACUUUCCUAUUCACAUUUAGAUCUGUCAUUAUUUCUCUCUCGACUUUAAUCAGUCGAGUAAUUUUUUUUUUUUUUUUGACGAUCAUCAUGUAUUCUCUCUCUUUUUCCGAGUCUGUUUAGAACUACUCGGUUUAGAAUUAGUAUAUUUUCCGAGUCUACUCGAGAAGGGUGCAAAAUUUUUUUGUACUUCUAUAUUGUUUUAGAUAGAAAUAGGAAUGGAGGGGCCAUCAAUAGUGUUUUGGUCAA